UGUCUUCAACUUCAGCUGAGAGUAGGCAGUAAGAAAUUUCCUUAAAAAAAAUAUAAGUUGAGAAUAAAAAGAAAAAAUAUUUUAUUUAAAAAUGUGGCCAUUGUUCAACACUUACAGUUCGGAACUGCGUGAUUGGAUCAGUUCCCCAUAUGGGAUUAUAUUGAUGGUUACCUUUGUGGCAUAUCUGGCCUAUAUACAAAUACGCCGUGAACAUCCCACGUACGAUGACGAGGACUACGAGAACGAGGGGCACGUUCAGAUGGUUAAGCCAUUGGAGAAUCUCAAGCUGACAGUGGAUAAGCUGAAGGAGUAUGAUUAUACAAAUGCCGAGAACAAAUAUUUGGUGGCCCUACUGGGAAUUGUCUACGAUGUGUCGUCGGCCCCAUAUGAUUUUGGACCGAAUGGCAAAUAUAAGCUGCUCCCAGGCACCGAUAUCAUCGCAUACAUUAAGGAUACGGCUCGAUUUUUGUCUAAGGAUUUUGAAUCAUAUCUGAAUGAAUGGAAAGCGCUGCUCGAAGAUCAUUUCUAUGCGGCAGGCGUUCUGAUAACCAACGAAAAAUUGGUUUCAGACUCCGAUGGAAACCUAUUCGUAGACGAUAAUGAAUAUAAGGACGUGAAUAAAAAUGAAUUUGGCCAAGGAGAUAUAGCCAUUUUAGACAGCUUAAACAAUGAUGAUCAGCUGGAUGAGAAUUACACUCUCUUGGACUCAAUUGAAGAAGUUGAUGAAUCGAAUAAGACUUUAAUUAACCGGAUUGAAGAAGAUAUCAUUUUUCAUGAUCAAAGCCACUUAAAUGAAACAUUUCAUUGCUUGAGGGCCCCCCAUCCUGAUGCUAAAACAUAAAUAAAUAACGGCUUAUCUGCAUAUGCGCAGGCCAUGUUGUCCUUGUUGUGGACAUGCAUUAAGUUCUUGUACAUGCAUGGCAUGCAUCCAUUUCAAA